AUGAAUCUGGGCAACCUGGAGGGCCUCAAGGACCCCACCUUGGACGCCCCUGCUGAUGCUGUGCUGCGUGUGGCUCAGCUCGCCCUCUCCUGCACCGCGGAGCGCACUGCAUCCCGUCCAAGCAUGGCCCACGUCGCCAACGAGCUGCAAGCCAUCAGGGAGGAAUGGGUGGGGAAGGAGGAGCUGAGCGCGGCUGUGAAGGUGGAUGCCGAGGUGCAGGAGAUGAAGGAUGUUGUUGGCGUGAACAGCCUCGACACCGAACUUCAGAUGAUUGAAGACAACUUGGAUGAAAGUUACAAUAAAUUGUAG